UUCUACCCACAAUCCUUUUCAAGUGGAUAAUCCAAGAUGGCCGCCAAACAAGUCGCUCAGACUGUUGGAAGAGCGGUGGCAAAACCACUUUUGUCCACGACUCCAGCUGAAGCCAGGCGAAGAGUGUUUAACCUGUAUCGUGCCUGGUGGAGAGAGAUUCCUCACACUGUACAGGCCUUUGCACUAGAUAUCAGUGUCAAGUCUGGCCGUAACAAGGUCCGGGAGGAAUUCAUGAAGAAUGCCAAUGUCAAAGACUUGAGAAUUAUUGACAUGCUGGUUAUUAAGGGCAAGAUGGAACUGGAAGAGACUCAUAAUAUUUGGAAGCAGAGGACGCAUGUGAUGAGAUACUUCAAGGAGACUGAGAACCAGAGGAGAUCAGACUUCCUGGGACGAUUUUAUGAAGGAUAUGACUAGUUCUUCAUUUUGCCUCUAUUGUAAAUGUCUUGCUUUAUGCCCUGUGAGUUGUUAUCUUAGUGUGUGUUCAACAAAAUGAUAAUAAAAUGCUUUUUAACACUU